AUGAAUGGAAUCUCGUCUGGUGCAACCGAUGUUCGAUCUAAAAGUGUUGAAAUGUUGUUGAAUGCUUUACGUUCUGGUGAAAUUCCGGAUGGUACGUUGGAUCCUGAAGAUUUGGCUAGACGAAUUGAGAAACGUCUUUUUGAUUUUCACAAUGGGACAGGAGACAAAUACAAGUCUGCAUUACGCUCGCGCGUCUUCAAUCUUCGGGAUAAGAAGAACCAGGCUUUACGUGAGAAUGUUCUUACUGGAGCUGUGGGUGCCGAGAAAUUUGCUACAAUGACGACUGAAGAAAUGGCUUCCGAGGAAAUGAAAAAGACUCGUGAAAUGUUUACCAAAGAAGGAAUUCUCGAACAUCAAAUGUCUAUUCAAGAAGGAACUCCAACAGAUAUGUUCAGAUGCGGAAAAUGUGGACAAAACAACUGCACAUACUCUCAAAUGCAAACGAGGUCUGCUGACGAACCGAUGACUACUUUUGUUUUUUGUCGAAGUUGUGGAAAUCGUUGGAAGUUUUGUUAA